AUGGAAUUAAAUAAAGUAUUAAACAAUGAAGUAUGGGAAAACCAUUUAGAUGUAGAAUUGAUACCUAGUCAUGUUAGUUCGGAACAAUGUCGUUUAUUAGCAACUCAUUUACAAAAUCAUCGAACACUGAAACGUUUAGAUUUAUCUCAUGAUGCUAUUGGUUAUCGUGGUAUGUGUGCAUUGAGUAAAUUAUUAACUGUAAAGUGUCAGAUUAAAUCAUUGAAUUUAACAAAUAAUCGUUUGAAAUCCACGAGUGGUUUAGCUUUAGCCUAUACCCUUUCACAAUCAGAUUGUCUUCUGGUACAAUUGAAUUUGCGCAUUGAUAAAUUACAAGAUGAUGGGGGUAUUGCUUUGGUGAAAUUGAGUUUCUUAUAAAACGUCUAUGGUAUCUUUCACUUAUAUUUGUGAUAGUUUUUAUUUUUUUCAUUGUUGAUGUUAAAGACUUCAACUGGUAGGGUUUGUUGGCAGAAAUCCCUCCUUAGUAAACCCAUUCAGUUUCUUCAUUGAAUCACAUUCUUAAUUAACAUUUAUUCGAUGUGACGCUUUUCUUCCUAUUUCUUUAGGCCGAUAUAUCUUCAUCCUAGUGUUAAUGUUUAUACAGACUCGAAAUCAGUACACCUUGCAUUUCAAAUAACAACACGUUUUCCAUUAAGUUACUCAGCUCAGACGUGUGAUGUUUUCCAUUUUGGUUUGAUUAUUAAAUGAUUUGGAAGCCAUCGUCAGGAAGCUCUCAACUUAGUUCUCAUAUCAAAGAUUAGAAAAAUUCAUUAGGAUUAUAUUAAUCACUGUAAAAAAAAGACCAUUGUAAUGACUUAACAAAACAAACGAAUGAACUAAAAGUGAAAAAAGAUAUUAAACCAAAAAGGAAAAUCAGUUAUUUCAAGAAAUAGAUGCUUAUAUUGUUAUAUUGAAUUUUGAACAAGUUAAUUUAUUUAAUAAUAAUAAUAAUAAUA